CCAGCGGGAAAGCGCUGUGCGUCACGUGACACGAUAUUCCCGGUCAACAUGGCGACAAUAGAAUCGUAGCUUAGAAACGAGAGAAAACAGAGGCUCUAUCUCCGCAUUCACACCAUUGUCGUUCUCCUUUUUUCAGCUGUUUCUCUGUGAUCGAGGGGUGAGUUAUCAGGAUGCCAGGGAAAAACGGUGACCAGUUCAAACAGGGGGACCUGGUGUUCGCCAAGAUGAAGGGCUUCCCCCACUGGCCUGCCAGGGUGUGUCAGUGUGACAGUGGUGGAGGCAAGAAGCGAAUCCCGGUCUACUUCUUUGGGACGCAUCAGAUAGGAAGCAUCCCUCUGGAGAACAUCGUCCCGUACGUCGGGAACAAGCUGAAGUAUGGCAGCGGCGUCCGGAUCAAAGGUUUCACUGAGGGCAUGUGGGAGAUCCAGAACACCCCCGCAGUCGGGACUAAACUCAAAAAACCAGCACAGACCAGCGCACAAGCUACAACCCCUAAAGCUACAGCUAAAACUACACCAGUUAAACCCACAAGAUCUACAAACGACAAACCUAAGAGCACCCCCGCCAAACCCACUCCCAGUAGAGCAGCGCCUGUUAGAAACACUCCCAGCAGAGCAGCCGGUAGACCAGAAACCCCUGCUGCUGUUUCUAAAACUCCAACCAGAGCGUCGCUAAGAAACGCUCCAGAGAAAAAGGAAGGCUCAGAGGCGGCUCCAGAGACUUUGACCACGAGAAGCAGGAGGUCAGCUGCAGCUAAUCCUUCAGAGAAGAGGAGGAGGAGGAGGAGGAGGAGGAGGAGGAGGAGGAGGAGGAGGAGGAGGAGGAGGAGGAGGAGGAGGAGGAGUUGUCAGAUUGAUGCAGAGCAACAGGAAAAAAAAGCUUCUGCUGUGACCCCUCCAGUCGACAAGAAACUGAAGAGCCCAGAACCAAAGUCUGAGGAAGAGGAGGAGAAAUCUUCAUCAGAGAGUAAAGGAGUCAAGAGGAAAAGAGGCAAGAAGGAGGAAGAGGAGGAAACAAGUGAAGGAAACAGGGAAGUGGGGAUAAAAGAGAAACAGGAUGAAGAGGAGCAGAAAGAAGAAGCCGGGGUGAAGACGAGGAGAGCAGAGGAGGGGGAAGAGGAGAAGGCACCACAACAAGGUGGUAGCGAGGAGACGAAGACCAGGAGAGAGACGAGGUCAAGAGAGAAGGAGGAGGAGGAAGAGGAGGUGAAGAAGGUAACAGAAGAGGAGACUGCAGGGAGGAAGACGAGGAGAGAGACCAGGUCAAAAGGAAAGGAAGAAGAGGAGGAUGUGAAGAAGAAGAAAAAGAAGGUGACGGAAGAGCAAGAGGAGGCUACAGGGAGAAAGAUGAGGUUGACAGAGAAGGAGGAGGAGGAAGAGGAGGAGAAGAAGGUUAUAGCAGAGGAGACUGGAGGGAGGAAGACGAGGUUGAGAGAGAAGGAGGAGGAAGAGGAGGGGAAGAAGGUUACAGCAGAUGAGACUGGAGGGAGGAAGACGAGGAGAGAGACGACGAUGACAGAAAAGGGAGAGGAUAGGGAGGAAGAGGAGGUGAAGAAGAAGGUGACAGGGGAGGAAAAGGAGACUACAGGGAGGAAGACGAGGUCGAGAGAGAAGGAGGAGGAGGAAGAGGAGGGGAAGAAGAAGAAGGUAACAGAAGAGGUGUCUGGAGGGAGGAAGACGAAGAGAGAGACGAGGUCGAGAGAAAGGGAGGAGAAGAAGGACGGACACAGUACGAAGAGGAAGAAGAAGGAGGAGGAGGAGGUGAAGAAGAAGGUGUCGGAGGAGGAAGAGGCAGAAACCACUGGGAGGAAGACGAGGAGAGCUGAGAAAGAGGAGCAGAAGAAAGCAAAGCAUGCUGGGAAAGAAGAGACGAAAGACAAGGACGAGGAGAGAGAGAGUCGGCAGGCUGAUAAGAGGGAGAGCUUUCUGAAGUCUCUGAGGGGGUUACUGACGGAGGACAGGGGGGGCCGGAGGAGGAGCUCCCUCAGGGAUGCAGCCAAGACCAGCUCAGAGGUUACAAGAAGGAGUCAGGUGAUGACAUCGGACAAAAAGAGCGACAAAGACUCCGCCGUUAGUCACAGGAAGUCAGAGACAAAGACCCCAGAUGGUGAGAGGAGCGUCGAGAAGAAAGAACAGAGAACUACAGAGGUGAAACACACAGGAAGGGGAGCGAAACAGGAGAAGGAAGAAAGGAAAACCUCCAGUCAGAACACAGCAGCAGCAGAGAAGAAGAAGGAGGUGAAGACGGACGAGGAGAAUAAAGAGCCAGAGAAGAAGAGCGACACGGAGAAAGUGGGGGAGGUGAAGGAGAAGAAGGAGGAAGAGAGGAAAAUCAUCGGGAAGAUUGUGAAGGCGACGCCGGGACACGGAGGGAAAGUCCAGAUGAAGACCAUGCUGGGAGGACUGAUGAUGGAGCAGGAGAAGAAGAAGAGGGAGGAGGAGAAGAAGAAAGAGGAGGAGAAGAAGAAAGAGGAUGAGGAGGAGAAGAAGAGUUCAGGAAAGGAGAAGGAAAGGAAAACUGACGAUAGAAAAGUGGAAAAAGGGGCAUCAAUGGACGAGAAAAAAGACAAGAAGGUAACAGACAGCAAAAAGGAAAAUGAGGCAACGAAAAAGAACGAAGACGAGAACAAAUCGAUGUCCAAAUCCCAAGAAAAGAAAGAGAGCAACGUGGAAAAAACAGCAUCAAAAGACCAGAAGAAGAAGGACGAAACGAGCGAGAAUAAACACAAAGUGCCCGAGAAAAGAGACGGGAAGACAACCGCAGAGCAGACUGGAAAACCACAGAAGAAAAGCGAAACGGAGGGGAAGAAAACCACUGUGAAAGACCAGAAGAAGAAGGAGGAAAAACCGGAGAGGGAGACGGAGAAAACAGACGGGAGAACCACCUUAGAGUCGGACAAGAGACGCAGCGGAGACACCAGACCACAGAAGAAGAAAGCAGACGGAGCAGCGCAGUCUGAGGACGAGCAGAAGAACAGCGUGGCGGCGACGGCGGCGGCCAUGACGCUGACGGACUCCACGCUGCACCGGAUCCACGGGGACAUCCGCAUCUCUCUGAAGACCCACAACCCCGACAUCAGUAAGUGUCUGCUGGCUCUGGAUCAGCUCAGUAUGCUCCUCGUCACGUCCAAACACGUGAAGAGACACAGCGAGCUCAUCGCCACGCUCAGGAAGCUGCGGUACUACCGGGCCAACCAGGCCAUCAUGGACAAGGCGUCGAUGCUCUACAACCGUCUGAAGAACUCUUUCCUGGUGGGGGAGGGGGAGGAGGUGGUGAGCACCGCCUUCCUGCAAUCCCUUCUGCAGGAGAACGAGAGGGGGGAGGAGCAGAGGGUGAGGGCGAGGGAGGAGAAAGAGCGGGAGGCGGGGGAGGAAGAGGAGGCCAAGACUGAAGCUGCAGUGGUCUGUCCCUGAAUCUUCAGUGCUCUUCAAGCAGCACGGACCAUACCACCUCUAAUCUGAGGGGUGGACAACAAGGACUCAGACAUCACAUUACACACCUAAUAAUUUAUUUGCUGUCGUACUUUGAAGCCGUUUGUGAUCCUGCGGUCGAUGCAGAUUGACCACAGCAGUGUUAAUCUCACACUACUUUAAACAUUCAUCUCAGCAUUAAACACAGCAGUUCACUUUAAUACGUCACCUUUUUAAACUUCUGGUCAUUUUAGCUUUAAUUUCACGGUGCUUUUUGUUCGUUCAUCACUAAAUCGUCCGGAAAUAAACUGAAAAAUAGAUUUGAUGUCAAUGGGGCUGAUGGGAAAUGUAGUUUUUUUGGGAAGUCUUUAUUUUUUAGGUUUGAGUCACUAACAAAGAUCUCAGCAUUAAAGUCUUUUAUAAAUCUCUGUACAGCCACAUGUUGUAUUCUGUAUUUUAUCGUGUUUUUAAUGAUCUGGUUACGUGCUCACUCGUAUGCAGUUUGUUUUCUAGCUGUUAUGUAAAUAUGUAAUUUUCUUAAUACAGUGAUUCCUUUUUUUCCAAAUGUGAAAGCUGCGCUGCGUUUGUAUAAAAAUGUAUAAUCAUGCAAAGUAGUAAAUAAAUAAAAGCUCACAAAUUGUUU